AUGAGAGGCGAGCUUACACCUGCAUGGGACUCUGGGAACAAAACCACCACUUGGGAGGACUACAUCGACACCGCCUUUGUGGUGGCAAACAGCUUGAUUCUGUUGAUCACUUCCUCUGUUGGGAUUGCAGCAAAUGUUUUUGUCAUACUGGCAGUUUACAACCAAAAAUCCCUUCAAACUGCCAUUAAUGCGCUGGUGGUGAAUCUCGCAGUCAUAGACAUUCUGAGGUGUGUCAUCGACUGCCCCAUCCUCUUCGCCAUCGUCGUGGCUGUGUAUCAAAGAGGACAUGUGGACGAGUUGAUCUGUGAUACACAAGUGAUCUCUUUCUCUUUCAACUGCUGCAUCCAACUGUUGACUCUGACCUGCAUAAGUGCAGAGAGGUACCAGGCCAUUGCACAACCCUUUCAAACUUCUCAGAGGCGAAGACGGAUUAUGGUGCAGAUUCCUCUCACAUGGAUCUUGGCUAUUCUGGUGUCGUUUUUUUGUCUGAUAUUUUUGAAGGACUCACCUGUGCAUGUCAAAUGCAAAGGAUUAUCCCGAGAAACAUCAUCCUCCUAUGACACCUUUGGACUUUACAUGCUGUUCCCACUUUGGGCAGCUUGCUUUACUAUUAUCAUUUUGUUCUACGCUAGCAUAUUUGCCAUUGUGAGAUCACACAAUCGCAAAAUAUUUGACAAAGGUGCUUUUCGUGUUUCAAAGACAAAUGAUGAGCAGAAAAAAGAAGACACCACAGCUGUGGAAAAUGGACCUGGAAAAUCUGAGCAAAACCAUACCCUGAGCAAAAGUGUUGCAUCAGAAAUAACUGACUUGAAAACAGAACAACCUCAACCUUCUGCAAUGCAGGUUGAAGUGCAGAAUGAUUUUAAAACACAGCAGUCCAACUCCUGUGGCACAAAAGUUGAAGCUAAACCAUCAAAUGGAGGUGCUGCUGCCAGGGUUAAGAGCUCAACCACGAUACCGCAGGUGUCAAGCAAUUUCGAAACAGAAAAGCAGUCCAAAGAGAGAGUUAAAAUUGUAAAAGCAACCUCUGAAAUGAAAGAAACCAGCCCUCGUGCUCCCUCAUCUGCACAGUUAGAGAAACACCAAUCCACUUCUGUUUUAGUGAUUGAUGUAAAACAAGCUAAGGACAGCAAUGGAGGGAAAACACUGACUGAUGCCACAGCAGAUCAAAUGCCUUCAGUACCUCCCAUCUCAAAUAAUGUCCCCGAAAAAGUAGCUACAAUUCAAAGUGUGCACGUGGAAGGCGCUGUGUGCAUGAUGCCUUCCAAAGCGAGUAGAGAAAGAGUGCACAAAAAGAAGGAAAGCCAAAUGGCUAAGCGAGUUGGCUACAUCACUUUAUCCUUCCUCUUAUUCUGGUUACCAUUGAUCACAACCAUCCUGAUGAAUUUUGUCAUGUACGGCAACAAGAACACAAAGGUUAAUACUUCUAAGGUAAGGAUUCUGGACAUUCUGUCAGUCUCUGUCACCUGCAUCACAUCUCUGAGUGACCCUAUAAUAUAUGCUGCAGUGAACCCUCAAUUUCAGACAGAGUUUUAUAGGAUUAAAAACAAGUUUACAUCCAUGUUCAAAUAA